AUAUUAUCAUCGAAGAUGCUGACACAGGCAAACACUCUUUGCUCAAAAUUAAAAAUUCCUGGAGGAGGUUGUUCCAGUAUUGUAUCUACUUCCUUUACCUACUUGUCUCAAAAUUCUAUGUUAUUCAGGUUACCUUCGUGCAGUUACUCUUGUUUUAGACUACCUUAUACUGGUUGAUCCACAUCAUACUGCUCUUCUGAUCCUUACAAGCAGAAAACUUGUUCUUUUAUCUAUUAUCAGGUGGACUAUUUGGUUAUUUGUAGUUCCAUCUGGUGAUAUAGGAAUAAUGUUAAACUAAGUAUCAUAUUCCAGAUUGUAGUCCAACAGUUAUUAAGAAUUCAGCGUGUUUUUACGUAGAAUCUUAAGCUGAUUCUGAAACUGUCUUCAGUUUUUCUCCAUCACGUCCAGUUUUCGAGAUAUCCAAAAAAUAUGGAAAAUCGUAAAUUAAAAUACCUAGUAACGGUUAUGUUCAGUGUAUUUUUGAUUUUGCGGAGUGUGUUUCUGUAGCUAUAUGGACAUGAAAGUAGAGAUCCAAACGAACAUUUUGAGGUAUUAAUGGUAUUAAUCGGAUCCUCCGUUAUUUUGAUACAGCCUAAAACAACUCAACAAAAUCAGACUUUUUUGGCAUUUUUCCCAUUUUUUUACACAUAAUCGCACCGUGACAAAAAGAGUUAUAUAUGAACAAAAAAGUUAGCUUUGCUAUCCUGUAGAACAUUUAAUUCUCUAAAUAUCGAAGCAUUGGACACCGUGGUCGACCGUAUUUUACCGGAAAUAUCGUUAAUUUACGAGAAUUGUGCAAAAUUUCAUUUUUUGCCAUUUUCACUGCAUUGUUGAAACAUUAUUACGAACAAUUUUUUUUUAAUAAAGAGGUGUUUUAACUCUUCCAGGCACUAAGUAUAAACAUUAAAUUAAAUUCUACUGUCCUUAGCUAUAUACACCGUUUCUCCAAUUGUUACAUUUAAAUGACUCAAAAUUUAGUUCCUUCCAAAAGAAAAAAAUAUUUGUUUUUGUAUAUGUUGCGAAAGUAUGACUACAUCAAUAGGAUUUCCCCUUGCAAGUCGAGCAACGCUGGAAUGUUGCGGAAUAUUACAAAUCUUUACUACAAUAAUCAUUUUUUUUACAUUUAGCUUCAAUUAGUAUCCCUCAUAGUAAGUCCAAUAAAAUAUUGCGGUCGAAUUUUUAUACUAUUACAUUUUCUUUCGGUAUGUAUUCGAAGGAUUUAAAAAACAAAGUAACAUUAUUGGUAUGCGGCUUAACGUCAUACAAAAGUUCUCAAACGUUAAAAUAUUUGUAUUUUUAGAUUUAGUAGGAAUUUCAACGUUUUUUUUUAUUGCAAAGUUCGUAUAAGGAUAAAUUCUUAAACUAGUACUAAUUAGAUGUUGAACUGCUAACAAGUAAAGUACAGUGUAUUUCUUUUUCAUUUAUAUAAACAAACUUUUUUUACUAAAACGACAGUAUAAAAUAAAGUGACGCAACAUGAACACCAAUAAUUGUAUUUACUUUAUACUUUUGUUGUGCUUGUCGGUUCAUUCCAAAACCAAAGACAAAUUUUUAGAUGUUCAAGAAAAACUUAACAACAAUAAUUCCUAUAUUAAACAUGAUAAACGAAUAAGAAACGGACAAAACAUCGAUAUUACUGCUGCAAAUUACUAUGUUUAUGUUAUCUGCCAUCAAUCUCAUUGUGGAGGUACUUUAGUGAAACAAAAUAAAGUUGUAACUGCAGGUCAUUGUGUGGAUAGCUGUACAUCAAGUCAAUUUCAAAUCGCCGUUGGUUUAAACGAUCUUUCUCAAUUAAGCCAAGCGAAAAAAUAUAGAGCUAAUUCCAUUCGACUACAUCCGAGGUACAACAAACAACAUCCAUUUCCAUAUGAUGUUGCUGUAAUUACACUUUCACAAAAUGUUGCAUUGAACGAUAAAGUUGGAACAAUUAAUUACGUUAGGGAAAUUCCACCUUUACUUCGUACUUUAACCGUAGUCGGCUAUGGAUUUAUUAAUACAAAGGGCCAACAACCAAGGAAGUUGCAAAGAGGUCAAGUAAGAAUUGUAAAAAAAGAUAGGACACAACUUUUCACACAAGCAUUAAUAGGCUCUAGUGUUCUACCCGGUGAUUCAGGUGGUCCAGCGAUUUACAACAAUCAAUUAGCGGGGAUUAUAUCAGGGACACGGUCAUUAAAUAACAUCAUUUUUCAGAACCUAUUUGUUGCUGUGGGUCACCCAGAUAUUUAUGAUUUUAUUAGAGACAAUAUGUAAUCCUGAAAUAGUUUCACAUUAAUAAACUUUGAAAAAUAAAAAAACUUUACAGAUUAUUUUUGGUUAAAAGGGAAGAUUAUAUCGAAAUAUGUUGUAUUUCUCUAUUUCUAAUCCUCUGAUAAACAUGAUUGCCACAUGGAAAAUGUGUAUCUUACAAUCAUACAGAGAGAAGUGCACGGUCUUGUACAUAAAAUUAAGUUGUGAUCACAGUAAUACCAUAUAGUGUAGUAUAUAAGUUAGGCAACAUAAUAUACUGACAAUACGUUGCUAACUUGAAAGCUCGUGUUUUACUAAGCCGAUGCCUACGACAUUCCAGGCCGUAAUGUGAUGGGUUCGAGGUACAGGCUACUGUAACAAAGAUAAUAUAGCAGUAUAGAUGUUUUAAAAAGACAUUCAGUAUUAGACGCACCUUACUUAUACUUAAGUAAAAAAAGUAGUUUUGAUAUAAUUAUUUGCUCAUAUA